AUGCCAACCCAAGAGUGUCUGUCCGCAGCCAUGUCCCUGCCAACUGACCCAGCCGACCGGCACCCGGAGGACCCGGAGUCCACUCCGGUACCCGGCGCAUUAUCUUUCGACCAGAGCCCGAGUCUCGUUCCGAAAGCCAGGUCGUUUUUUCGAUCCGUGCCCUUUCAGAUCCUCGUUGCCUGCGGUGUGUCGUUCACAGCCCCUGGCAUGUGGGAUGCAUUAGGCGGACUUGGUGCCGGCGGCGCAGCUGAGCCAUACGCAGUAAGCGCAGCAAACGCUCUCGUGUAUGGAUUAUUCGCGGUUGUUUGCGUUGCGGCAGGCGCCAUCAACAACCGCAUCGGCCUGCCGUACGGACUGGCCCUAGGGGCCAUUGGAUAUCCGCUGUAUGGUGCUGGGUUAUACACCAACAAUGUCAGUGCCAACACGUGGUUUAUGCUGUUCGGUAGUGCCCUCUGCGGCAUCUCUGCGGGGUUCUUCUGGGCAGCUGAGGCAGCCAUCAUCAUUGGGUAUCCUUCUCCUGGGGAUCGCGCCUUCUACCUGGCCAUCUGGCAGACAGCGAAAGCGGCAGGGCCAAUCGUAGGCGGUGCCAUCAACCUGGGCCUAAACGCCAACAGAAAAACCGUGGGCUCCGUUUCAUCGUCGACCUACAUUGUCUUUAUCGUCAUCAUGUGCCUUGGCCUUCCCAUUGCUCUGUGCCUGUCACCCGCGCGGAAAGUCUGGCGCAAGGACGGCACUAAAAUCAACACGCCCAUGGAGUCGAGCUGGGGAGGAGAAUUCAAGGCUGUGGGGAAACUUUUCACCAGCCGGAGAAUCUUGCUUUUGCUGCCGGCCUUCUUCAUCAGCUAUUUCUACAACGGCUUCAUGAGCACUUGGCUGGCGACCUACUUCACUGUCCGUUCUCGCGCCUUCUCAAGCUUUUUUACCAACUUUGCCGGCAUAUUCAGCUCUUUUCUCAUCGCAGCGUUGCUGGACAACCAAAAGGUCUACAUCAAGACCCGUGGCCGGAUCGCCUUUCUCUCCAUCGUCGCCUUACUCGUUGGGACUUGGAUCUGGGCCACCAUCUUGCAGAAGCAGAUCUAUGAUGCCGCCGAACUACCCGUCUACGAUUGGUUUCAAGGAGGAUUUGGUAAAAGCUAUGCUCUCGUCUUCUUCUGGCAGUUUGGCGGACAGGCCUUUCAGCAGUUCUUGUACUGGCUGGUUGGCCAGUACGCAACUGACCUUUCUGAUCUAAGCCGUCACACCGGCAUCUUGAGAGGCACCGAGGCUCUAGGGCAAACGGUUGCCUGGGCUAUGCAAUCUGAGGGCAACGCCAACCACUUCGUGAGCAUUGGUCUCAACUUUGGUAUCACAGUCCUUUGCCUUUUUCCCACAUGGAUUAUUCUCUCCGAGCUUGAGGGGAGUCAUGAGGGCACGGAAGAUGGAGCAGAUGGUCACCAAAGUGAUUCUGUCGAGGGAACUGACCCGAAAAUGGUGACUGUUAUGCCGUAG